AUGGUUGGAGCUUUCGGAAACAACAUCCAUGGCCAAAUACCCAAAUGGAUGUGGAACACCAACACUAAAACUUUGAAGUUGUUAGGCCUUUCUAACAACUUCUUUACAGGUUUUGACCAACUUCCAGAUGUUCUUCCCUACGCUAAUCUACGGAUGCUAUGCCUUUCGAUGAACAUGCUGCAGGGACCCCUUCUAAUUCCUCCACCAUCUACCGUUGAAUAUGACAUCUCAGAGAAUCUGCUAACUGGAGAAAUCUCAUCGUUGAUCUGCAAUCUAAGUUCACUUGAGUAUCUCAGAAAUAAUAGUUUUCAUGGAAACGUUCCUGGAAUGUGCAAAAUUGGAAGCAAUUUGAGGAUGAUGGACCUUAGUUCAAACAGUUGCAAGGGCAAUUACCCGGUCACUGGUGAGUUGCCAUCAGAAUACUUGUCCAUUUGGAGUUCCAUGAAAGAGGCUAAUACAAAACAUUCAAACUAUUUGAAGGCACAAACAAGUUUGCUUAUGAUCAAUGAAAUGUUGCCCAUCGUUUAUGGUUACUUAAUUACAAUAACAAAUAAAGGGGUGGAGAGGUACUACAAAGCAAUCAUGGACAAUUUUGCGGUCAAUGAUCUCUCAACCAACAGAUUUGAAGGAGAAAUUCCAAACCUCAUUGGGAGUCUACAGGGACUUCAUUCGCUCAAUCUUUCUAACAACUUACUCAAUGGGGCCAUUCCAAUAACUUUGGGAAACUUAACAGAACUUGAGUCACUGGACCUUUCUCAAAACCAGCUGACUUCAUACGAGGGCAAUCCGGGAUUAUGUGGAAAACCAUCUCCAAGGCAAUGCGAGACUCCACCAUCGCCACCUUCCACUUCUGAAAAAGAAGACCAAUCAGGGUCUUCAAUUAAGGUUGAUUGGAGAUUUGCUCUGGCGAGAUUUAUUGGCGGGUUUAUUGUUGCAGUGGUUCUUAGUGACUCUCUGACACUAAGGUUGGUAAAAUGGUUGAUUGAUAGUCUUGAGACUUUCGGAUGGAGCCUGCCUAAAAGGAGAAGAGACAGGAGGAGACGUAGAGUUUGA